AUGUCCUAUUCAAAUGUCGUUUUCCAUAAUAGAUGUCGUAGAUAUCCUUCUUCGGUAAUCGGAGCAAAAUUAAACUGUCUCGUACAAAAUGUCGUCCGCCUGUCUUAUCGUUGCCACCGACUUCACACACUCUCACCCCAUACAUACAAAAAAGGACAACUCUCCUUUAAAUUACUCUCUUCUUCUUCUUCUUCUUCCCAAGACAACUCCAUCAUGAAGUUUUCAACAACUACAGCUAUAUCUGCUUUGGCAUUACUAUCAGUUAACGUCGUGGAUGCUUUAACGAUCCAAAACCCAUUCAAUGGACAACAACCUUUGAAUUUGGAUUUCAAUUAUGAUAAAUAUGCCUCGCAAUUAUCUCACUUGUUGUUUGAUGAACAGAAGCAAAAUGAAUUCUUCUCCAAAGUUUCAUCCCUUUUUAAUGAACCUUUGGAAUCGUUGACUCAUGAGACAAAGAAAUUAUGGUCAGAUAUGAUUUUGAAUUCAAAGCAAUUUGGUGAUUUGAGAUUUACUAUUCCUGGAAAAACAGGUAAAAUCAUUAAGCAGCAUUUUGACUUCCAUGUUAAGGAUCAAAAAGUACCAAACCACCAAUUGAGAGUCAAAUCUACCCCAGAAGAUUUGGGAGUCGAUUCGGUUAAACAGUACUCCGGUUAUUUAGAUGUUGAUGACGAAGACAAGCAUUUUUUCUUCUGGGCAUUUGAAAGCAGAAAUGACCCAAAAAAUGACCCAGUUAUUUUAUGGUUGAAUGGUGGGCCAGGCUGCUCAUCAACUACUGGUUUGUUUUUUGAAUUAGGUCCUUCAUCAAUCAACAAAGAUAUUCAACCUGUUCAUAAUCCAUAUGCUUGGAAUAACAACGCUACUGUUAUAUUCUUAGACCAACCUGUCAAUGUUGGUUAUUCAUACUCAUCAUCGUCUGUCUCGAACACUGUUGCUGCUGGUAAGGAUGUUUAUGCCUUUUUGGAAUUGUUCUUUAAGCAAUUCCCACAAUUUGCCAAGUUGGAUUUCCACAUUGCUGGUGAAUCUUAUGCUGGUCACUACAUUCCUGUGUUUGCUAGUGAGAUAUUGAGCCACCCAGAACGUUCUUUCAAUUUGACAUCCGUCUUGAUUGGUAAUGGAUUAACUGAUCCAUUGACUCAAUACGAAUACUACGAGCCAAUGGCUUGUGGUGAAGGCGGUGAACCAAGUGUAUUGGAACCAGAAGAAUGUCAAUCAAUGACCGAUGCCAUUCCAAGAUGCCAAUCCUUAAUUCAACAAUGCUAUGAAUCGGAAUCAGUAUGGAGUUGUGUUCCCGCAACUGUUUACUGUAACAAUGCGCAAUUAGGACCUUAUCAAAAGACUGGAAGAAAUGUUUAUGAUAUCAGAACCAUGUGUGAAGGAUCAAACUUGUGCUACGAAGGUUUGGAGUACAUUGAUACAUAUAUGAACAAACCAGAAGUCAUGAAAGCGUUGGGUGCUGAAGUAUCCAGUUAUGAAUCAUGUAACUUUGAUGUCAAUAGAAACUUUGUCUUUGCUGGUGAUUGGAUGAAACCUUACUUUAAGAAUGUGAUCGACAUUUUGCAACAAGAUUUACCAGUUUUGAUUUACGCGGGAGAUAAAGAUUUCAUUUGCAACUGGUUAGGUAAUCAAGCAUGGGCUGAUAAACUAGAAUGGAGUGGCUCAAAAGGUUUCUCCAAAGCUCCAGUUAGAAAAUGGAAGGUCGAUGGUAAACAUGCAGGUGACGUUAAAAACUAUGAACACUUUACUUUCUUGAGAGUCUUUGGUGGUGGCCAUAUGGUUCCAUAUGACCAACCAGAAAAUGCUCUCGAUAUGGUUAACAGAUGGGUUUCUGGAGAUUAUAAAUUUUGA